AUGCCGGUGUAUCGUCUCUUUGUCACGGGAUAUCCCGAGUCGACAACAACCUCUGACCUCCGGAACCGCUUCACGCCCUUUGGCAAGGUAGUGGCGCUGGACUCCCGUGUCCGUGAGUCGGCCGUGGGAGCCUCUCCAGACAUCUUUACCUACAUCAGCCUAGACUGCGAGUACAAAUCCAUGCUUCGGUGCCUGAGUGUGUACUCGGGUACCAAGUGGCGCGGACAGACUUUGCGUGUGGAGCAGGCACUCCCGCAUUAUCUGCACGGACUGCGGGAAGAGUGGCAGGCGACCGAGAACGAGGUCAAAGCAGCGGCCGAGGUGGCAGAGGCUGCGGUGGAGGAGGCCAGGGCCAUGAUGAUGCAAGGUGAUGGUAUUGAUGGUGGAAACAGUGGCGAUUCUGGUGAUGGGGAGAGCAAGAUGAAGGUGGUGGAAGAGGCAGAGGCCGUGGCAGAAGUCGCCAAGCGCAAGCGUGAUCAAGUGCUCGCGACGAACAAGGUGGCUAUGCCGUACAUGGGAGGCGAUGACGUGGUCUUCAAAAAGGUCAAGAAGGAGAAGAAGAAGAUGUCGCGUACGCAGAAGAAGAUUCUCAAGUCAAAGGCGAGGAAGCUCAAGCUGGCCGGAACUUCGCCGUAUUUUAUCACCCGCGACGCCCUGCUGGAGUGGGCCGAGAAGUCGAAGCGGAUCAAGCGCAAGGGCUGGGAGAAAGGGCGGCUUCUCGAUAAGGCGCUCUCGCGCCUCCCGGUUCCGAUUCUCCGGCAUCCCACCCGCGAUGGCAAGGACACCAUGUUCCUCUGCUCCAAGAACAUCCGACUCCGCGCCCGCCGCUUUGACGACGCCGACUCGCCGGCACCGCCGUCGGCCGCCCUUAUUGACGAAGACGCCGUCCUCAACCGGGUCCCACUCUCCAAGCCCGACGUUGCGCCGCCGACGCUUGACCCGCUUGCCUUUGCCGCCAUCCGUGCCUCGGCCAACCGCAUCAAGCGGCGCGAGGCCAACCGCGAGGCCCGCCGCGCCGAGCGCAAGGCUGCCAAAGCCGCCGCCAAGGAGCGGAGGCUUAACCAGCUGGCUAUCUCGGACUCGAACUCGGCCGAGUCUGGCUCGAGCUCUGGUUCGAGCUCAAACUCAAAUCUGGCUCGGGGUCUGGCUCUGGCUCGGGGAACACAGUCAGCCGCCUUGGACGCGCCCGAGACGUUCGCAGCGCCCGCGCCGAUGGCAGCGCCCGGGGCGAUGUCCGAGUCGGACGGCUCGUGCUCGUUUGAGGUCGUGCCGCCCGCGCCGGUGGCAGCGCCCGGGGCGAUGUCCGAGUCGGACGGCUCGUGCUCUUUUGAGAUUGUGCCGGCCGCGCCCCUCAACCUCCCCUCGGAGUCUGAGUCGGGAACAAGCUCGGAGACAAGCUCCAAAGCCGGAUCAGACCCCAGCUCCAUCGCUCCGUCCGAGGGCGAGAUGGUUGGACCGUCAACAUGCACCUUGUCGAGCCGGUCCGACUCGGAGGCCGACCUGGACCUCGGCGCCCUGGCCAACGUCCCAGACUCGGAGCUUGCUAUCUCGGACUCGGCCGACGAGCCUGCGCUGGGAACAGAUCUUGGCAACGCUGUCGGGGCAUCGUCGCUCCCGGGCUCGGCCGAGUCCCCAGCCUUUUCACCACUGUUUGUGCCGCCACCGGACGCCGGCGGCCUGGCGAUUUCUGACUCGGAGUCGGACGCCGGGUCCGAGGUCUCGCUGCUGGCACCAGUCGUCACCGCUGCAGCCGCUGUCGGCGAGCGCGAGACGAGCUCGCGCUCGCCGUCACCGCUCCUCGCAUCGCUCUCGAUUCCGCGCAACGACUGGUCCCGCUUCGACUCGGCCAUGGAGUCGUUUGCAGAGUCGGAGACGUCCGUCCCCGAGUCGCCGCACCGUAGGCCAAGCACCUCUGCGCCGCUGCCGAUCCCGGUCCCGAACGCGGUUUCAGAGCCGAAACUGGCGGCGGCCGUCGAGCCUGAGCCGAUGGAAGCUGGUAUCGCCAAGAGCUCGGGCUCUGGCUCUGGCUCUGGCUCUGGCUCUGGCUCUGGCUCGGGCUCGGGCUCGGGCUCGGGCUCUGGCUCGGGCUCUGGCUCUGGCUCUGGCUCUGGUUCUGGCUCGGGAUCGGGAUCGGGAUCGGGCUCCAACACUAGCUCUGGCUCUGACUCUGACUCUGGCUCGGGCACCAGCACCGGCUCGGGCACUAGCUCUGGCUCCGGCACCAGCUCCGGCACCGGCACUAGCUCCGGAUCAUCGUCAACGACCUCCAGCUCAAGCACGACCUCGUCGUCGAACACGCGGCCGCGGAAGCGGCGCAAGACGUCCAAGUCGCCCGACACGGCGGCGGCAAUCCGUGCCCAGUGCGAGGAGCAGCGCAAGGCCGGCGUCGAUCGCCUGCGGAAGCGGUUGAAGGAGACGGCAGGCUCGGUGCCGCAUAUUUCGGUCUCGGUCGCCACCUCGUCGCGGGUGCUCUUCUCCGACUCGGCAUCCGACUCAGACGAUGGCCCACGGUGGUCAGCCAAGGCAAAGGCUGCGUCGGCCAAGGCUGAGCCGACCAAGGCUGAGCCGGCCAAGGCCGAACCCGAGAAGCACUACCUGCCCGAGGCCAAGACGAUCAAGACAUCGGCGUGGCUCGGCUCGGGCUCGAGCUCAGGCUCAGACUCGGGCGCGGGCGGCUUUGCGGCGGCGGCCGGCGACGGCUCGGGCUCGGGCUCGGACGGCCACCGGCCCGGAUUCACCUUUGCUCGCGCCCAGCCCACUGCGGAGCAUGCGGCCGAGGGCGGCAGUUUGAGCUUGAUGGACCAGAUCCGGGCGCGUCGGGCAGCGGCAGCGGCAGGCAGCGAGAGUAAGGGCAAUGGCAAGGCCGAGACCGAACCCGAGUCGUUCAUCAACCCGCUUUUCGAGGGCAAGGCCGGUCACGAGCUGCUCCAGAUGCAACAGAUGAUGAAGGGCGACGAGCGAUUCAAGCUCACCCAGGCCUUCCGCUCCGACUUUGUCGACAAGCAUCUCGGCAAGUUCCGCGAGGCCGGCAAGGGCGCCGAUGCGGACUCGGGCUCCGACUCUGACUCGGGCUCGGGCUCCGACUCCGACUCUGACUCGGAAGCUGUGGCCGACGCUGUCGAAGUGACCAAGGCCGAGCGGUCGGCGAUGCGAUCGGCCUUGGCGGCAGUGCUCGGCGAGGAGGCCGAGGGCGCCGUGCCGAUGGACGAGUCCGACUCGGAGUCGGACGGCGGCAGGGCGCAGCUGGUGAGCAAGUCGGCGACCAAGGUCCGCGCGUCAGCCGGAGGAGCGACAAGCGUCGCCGCAGUCCUCGCCGCGCAGCCGAAGCGUGGCCACCGCCGCGAGUGGCAGCCGACAGUCCGAUACGACCCGACCCGGGCCGAGGACGCGCACAUGGAGAUUGUGAGCGGGCCCGCCCCGCCGCCACGCGCCGGCAAGAGCGAGAAGGAGAAGAUGGCAGAGGCCCGCGCACUGGCCAAGGCCGAGAUCAACGCCAAGAAGCAAAAGGCCCGGCUGCGGAAGAACCUCGGUGGCGUCGACGCAACCGCGCUCUCUGUCAAAAGCUCGGCACUCCCGCUCCGAGCCGCGCCCAAAAUCGACCGCAAGGCUAGCGAGCGCAAAGCCUUUGUGGCCACCGCCGAUCUGUUUAAUGACAAGAUUGUCGAGCGCGAGCGCAAGGCCACCGGUGCGCUUGUGCUCGAUUCCACGCUCACCACCGAGGCCGGCUCGUGGUCGUUUGCCGCGCUCGGCAUCGGCGAGGCUCCGAGCGCUACCGAGCCGGCGCCUGCAACAUCGACGGCGCCGGCGGACGUGUCGGCGCGCCGCCGUGCCGGCAACGCGCAGCAGCCGGCGCCGGCCCAGUCCGCCAACGGCGAGCCCAUCCAUGUGCCGCUCCCGGAGAGCCAGAUCCGCGGCCCGUCGGUGGCGUCGCGGAUGUUUGCGCUGCUCGGCCCGGGCGACGACGUCAGCGAGGCCGAGCCGCAGGCGGCGUGGGGCGCCGCCUUUGUCGCCUCCAACCGGACCAACAUGUCCGAGUUCCAGAAGCAGCAUGCGGCCAAGGUCGAGGCCGAGGCCGAGGCCAAGCCGUGGAAGCGGCAGCGCCCGCGGCGGAAGAGCACAGCGCUGAUGAGCGCGGCCGAGAAGCGGCGCCGGCUGCGCCGGCUAGGAAAGCGGCGGUCCAAAGCGUAA